CCUCAACCACAAAUCCUUUUCCUCAGUUGCUCCCUCUCAUCUCAUAACACCAACACCACCCGUUCUCACCAACAUUCAAAAUGCCCACCACCCAAAAAUCCCUCCCCUUCACCACCCUCGACGUCUUCACCACCACCCCCUACAGCGGCAACCCCCUCGCCAUCGUCUCCCUCCCUUCCCCCUGCCCCCUCACACAAGCCCAAAAACAACUCAUAGCCAAAGAAUUCAACCUCUCCGAAACCGUCUUCCUGCACCCCAGCCCUGACUCCAGCGCCACGGUCCCAGAAUGGGAGAUCGAUAUCUUUACCACGGAUGAGGAGCUACCUUUCGCAGGCCACCCAACCGUCGGGACUGCUAGUUAUGUAUUAGGACUUGCCGGGAAGAAAAAGGGAGUCUUGAGGACGAAAGCUGGGAGGAUUCCCGUCGAGGUGGUGCAGGGGGUUGGGGUAAGGGCUGAAGUUCCGUUUGAUACUCAUUUGCAUGGGAAGACACUUUCAGGAGAGCAAAGAGGAUUGAGUAAGGAUGCUUCGAUUCGGAAAGCUGAGCUUGAAGCACCGUUGUUUUCGAUAGUGAAGGGGAUGACGUUCCAGCUCAUUCAACUCCCGUCUCUCGAACUGCUGGGGAAAGUCGAAAUGACAGGUCUCUCGCCCGAUUUUAAUGUGGUGUUGGAUGAGGAGUGGAAACCAAGUUUUGUGUCGAGGUAUUAUUAUGUUUUGCUUGACGAUGGGAAAGGAGAUGGGGAGGUGAGGAUUAGAAGUAGAAUGGUGGAGGCGAAGAUGGAGGAUCCGGCGACGGGGAGCGCGGCUUGUGCAUUGAGUGCGUAUUUGGCCGGGGAGUGGAGGAAGGGUAUGAAGUUUGAGAUUGUGCAGGGAGUGGAGAUGGGGAGGAGGAGUGAGAUUGGGGUUGAGGUUGAUGUUGAUGUUAAGGCUGAUGGGGGCAUUGGUGGGGUCAGGUUGAGUGGUUGUGCGGUUGCUGUUAUGGAGGGGAGUCUGAAGGUUUAAGAGUUAUAGCUAUGUCUUGCGUUACUUUCUUCUUUUUUUUAAAGAAAAAAAAGGGGCUUUGCUUCAUAUGAGAUCCUAAUCACGCUGUUCUAUUGGAAAGAAGACUCAGGUAGCUAGCAUCUUCAUUCAAUACCUAGGUAGUGACAGGUAAAAAGAGUUUCAAGUACAAGCCUAACGAGGGGCAUAAUCAAGAUAUAAAUAUGCUUAGCUAAAUCAACCUAUGAUCAAAG